AGCAAUAAGAAAUCCUAAAAUAGGCAGAUUAAGAGUUUGGGAUCAUGGAGGUUUAUUUCUAUGCCAUUAAAGACAUGAUCACAUCUAAAAAUUGCUAACUUGUAGUUUAAAAAACCCAACAACUGGGAGUCCCACAUUUGAAACCAGACAGUAAGUCUAUUAAUUAAGGGUAUGGUUAGCACAGACAAUGAGUGAGAUGGCAAGAGAGCCCAGCAUUUAACGCAGCGCAGGUUUUUGAUGGACAUGGCGUGGCCAAGGCAGUUGUGUAUUAAUUAGUGCUCGGAAGAGGGUGAGGAGUCAGGAAGGGGGAGAGGGAAAUUGGCAGGUGUAGAAAUGAGAUUAGACAACAACGGAGGAUUUUUUCUCUCCAGAACAGAAGUCGUGCAGAAUCCUCAUCAGUCUCGCUAGCAUGUUUGUAUGAACAAAGAUCCAUGCCACGGGAACGGGCACGGCAGUAAGGCACAGCGGGGGAAUAGGGAGCAGGAGGACAGUGUUCCAGGGCUUGCCUCUGGAGUGUUUCCAGGAGUCGUGACCAAAUACCAGCCUCAAUUUCCCACCCUUAUUUUAAAUGCUGCUGACCGUUUGUGGAUGGCGAGGUGUCUCCAUGCUCAACCUUUACAAGGGGACCUGUGCCAGUUUGUGGAUGUACUGCUGCAGCUGCAUCAUGAAACCAAGCCCACGAGCUUCUCCUUUGCCUUCCUCCACCAUGCGGGUGCUCCAGCCCGGUCUCUGCUCUUAGUGGAAACUGAAGCUUGAGACAAGAAUGCUGUACCCACAUCCUAUAACCGCUCCACUUGGCUGCCUGCUCUGCCAUUGCUUCACCUUGAAGCAUCCACACAGUACUGAAAGCAUAUGACCAGCGUAUCUGCUCUGUGCUGGAGCCCACGCGUGCCCCCUCUUGCAUGGGGACUGGAUGUGCUGCCCAAGGGGUCGGGUCCCUCCUGGGUGCACUCGGACGCUACAGCUGUGCUCUCUGACACGAUAGCAUGGCAGGAGGUGAGCGCUGGUCUGAGCAAAGAGCUCAGGGCUCUUUGUUUAGUCUGCAGGGCCGCGAGCUAUGGGGGCAGGCAAAGCACCCGCUGCGGGGAGCGUGGCCCCGGGGUGUGUCCUAUGCCAGGAUGAUCCUGACUUACUCUGUAUCAUCUCACCCAGCAGUGCUCCUCAGCCUCGCAGCGCGUUCCCCUCCAUGACGAGGGAGUACGUUCACAUGCCCGCAGAGGAGGGAAGAGCUGCAGCUGAUGUGAACUGACACGUUCACCCACACAGGUAGCGUGUUCCCAUGCCGGCAAGGGCGGGAGGAUCAGCGGCUGCGCGCUCUUGGGCGGUUCUCCCCGCGGUGGAUUCCAGUAGGCGGAAUUUGGGAAUAUCAUCGCUUCUUUUUUUUUCUUUCCCUUCACAGUUAAAAAAGAGCCCGUUGGAGGGCAGAGGAGAUGCACAGUCCUCGGAUGAGCUGCGCUUAUGACAGAGCUGCUCUAGGGGUGGAGCCCGGCGCCGGCCGCGCUUCGCCUCCGCCCCGUUCCCUGGGGAGCUGUCGCUGUCCCCCAGGAGGGCGGCGGGGCCGGGGCUACCCCGGCGCCGAGCUGGCACCCCCGACAUCCCCCGCUACCCUCAAACGCGCAUCCCGCGGCUAGCGCGGCCCGCAGACGGGACGGGACGGGCCCGGGAGCCCCCGGCGGUGUCUGUGCUGAGGGGAAGGCGAGGAGACACCCCGUGGGACACCUCCGUUACGUGCUUUGUGUGUAUGCCCACUGUACGUGUUGCCUGCCCUGGCGCUGCGGGGCGCUGAGGGGUCUGCCCGCUCCGGCUCGCUGUGCUGUGCCGCCGCUGGGAAGGUGCGCCCUGUGUCCCAUCCCGCCCCCCCCCCCCCCGCCCCCUCCUGCCUCCUCCCGCCGGCCCGUUCUGCGCGAAAACGCGAAGGAGGCGGUGGGAAACCCGCAGGAGGCGCGGCCGAGGCGGGGACCGCCGCCCUGCCCGGUGCGCGGUCAGUUCUCCGCGUUCGCACGACGGGCCCGCACCGGGACCCAGCGAGUACCGGCGAGAGGGCGGGGGUGGGCGGGCGGAGGGAGGGAGGGAGGCGCGGUCGCGAUCGCCCCCCGCCGCACACCCGCCGCGGCCGCCACUUCCCGCGGGCGUCGCUCGGCGGCGGGCGCUGCCUCCGCAGGAAGCGGCCCCGCGGCCCGGCCCCUCCCGCCGCUCGGCGAAGGGCUCAUGCACUCUGCGGCGCGGGCGGCGGGAUGGCUCCGGCUCCGGGCGCUGAGCCGCGGCCCCCUGCGCUGCUGCCGCUCCUGCUGCUGCUGCUGCUGCUGUCCGGCCGAGCCGCCGGCCUGGAGGUGCAGCGCAAGUUCCUCUCGCCCACCCCCACCAACAACUUCGCCCUGGACGGCCCCGGCUCCCGCGUCUACCUGGCGGCCGUGAACCGGCUCUUCCAGCUGUCGGGGGGCGAGCUGGCGCUGGAGGCGGAGGCGGCGGUGGGGCCGGUGCUGGACAGCCCGCUCUGCCACGCACCGCAGCUGCCGCAGGCCUCCUGCGAGCACCCCAAGGUGCUCACCAACAACUACAACAAGAUCCUACAGCCCGACCCGGAGCAGGGCGUCCUCGUUGUCUGCGGCUCCAUCUACCAGGGCCUCUGCCAGCUGCGCAGCAUGAGCAACAUCUCGGCGGUGGCCGUGCGCUUCCCGCCGGGCGGCAGCGACCCGGUCACCGUCUUCCCCAGCAUGCUGAACGUGGCGGCGAACCACCCCAACGCCUCCACCGUGGGGCUGGUGCUGCGCCGUGGCGGCAGCGGCGGGGCGCGGCUGCUGGUGGCCGCUACCUACACUGGCUUCGGCAGCCCCUUCUUCCCCCGCAACCGCAGCCUGGAGGACCACCGCUUCGAGAACACGCCCGAAAUCGCCAUCCGUGCCCUCAACGCCCGCGGCGACCUGGCUAAGCUCUUCACCUUCGACAUCAACCCCUCCGACGACAACAUCUUCAAGAUCAAGCAGGGCGCCAAGGCGCGGCACAAGCUAAGCUUCGUCCGCGCCUUCCUGCAGCGCGGGGCCGCGCCGCCCGCCCGCCGCCCCUACGCGUACCUGGCGCUCAACAGCGAGGCAAACGCGGGCGACAAGGAGAGCCCCUCGCACAGCCUCCUGGCCCGCAUCUGCCUGGGCGAGGCGGCCGAGGCCACCCUCAACGGCAGCGGCGAGACUAAGAAGCUGACCGAGUCCUACAUUCAGCUGGGGCUGCGCUGCGGCGGCGCCAGCGACGCCUUCACCCGCCUCGUCUCCGUCUUCCCGGCGCGGGCGGCCUGGAGCAGCUCCGCGGCCCCGGGCCCGACCCCGCCGCCCCCCGAGGAGCUGCUCUUCGGUGUCUUCGAGCGGGCUGGGGCCGGCGGCGGUGGGGGGCGGCCGCAGUCAGCGCUCUGCGUCUUCCGCUUCGCCGAAAUCGAGGAGACGAUACGGGCCGCCCGCAACUCCUGCUUCGUCAGCCCGGCCGCCGGUAUGGUCACUGUGCUGGAUAGCGUGGUGCAGGGCACCGGCCCGGCCUGCGAGAAGAGGAACAUACAGCUGCAGCCGGAGCAGCUGGACUGUGGAGCAGCUCACCUUCAGCACCCACUGGCCAUCGUCAACCCCGUCACAGCGACUCCCGUGUUCACCUACAGUGGCCUGACCGCCGUGGCCGUGGCCAGCGUCAACAACUACACCGUGGUGUUCCUGGGCACCGCCAGCGGAGGACUCCUGAAGAUUAAUCUGGACAGUACGAUGAAGGUUGUUAGCAGGAGAUCCAUUUCGGUGGCUUAUGGAGAGCCUGUCCACCCUAUCAUGCAGUUUGACCCAUCUGAUUCUACCUACCUCUAUCUGAUGACCUCCUAUCAGAUGACGCGGGUGAAAGUGGCUGCCUGCAACCAGUACUCGACAUGCAUGGAGUGCCUGGCUGCUGCUGACGCUUACUGUGGGUGGUGCACGAUGGAGACCAGGUGUUCUCUGCAGCACGAGUGCACCAACUUCACAGGGGCCAACUUCUGGGCGAGCACAAGUGAAGGAGUGCAGCAGUGCCCUUCAAUGACCAUAUUGGAGCCCGAGAUUAAUAUCGACAAGGAGAACCCGAUCCUGAUAAUACAAAUAAAUGGGACUAUCCCGAACCUGAAUGGAACAAAUAUUUCAUGUGACUAUGGAAACAACAUCCACACGGUAGCCAGAGUUGCUGGAGAUUAUGUAAACCAAUUUAUUUAUUGCAGUUUACUUCCACGUGAGAAAUAUCCAGCGUUUCCAGAGGACCAAGACCACGUGGUUGUCGAAACUGCUCUCCGGGUCAACAGCAAAAACAUUAUCCGGGCCAAUUUCACCAUCUACGAUUGCAAAAGAACUGGAAACAUUUACCCGAAGAGAGCGUGCACCAGCUGCCUGUCAACUAGGUGGAAGUGUCACUGGUGCCCCUCCACCUAUGCCUGUGUUUCCAACCACUCGCAGUGUGACGAUGCGCUGCAGAUGAAGAAGAAGAUUGACUGCCCGCGGAUUAUCCCUGCGUCUCUGGAGCCCAUGCCCACAGGAGUGCCUCAGGACAUGAUGAUCGCACUGGCUAAUGCAACUUUCUCUAAGGAGACAGCCCUGGAAUGCCAUUUUGGGACUGACAGGACGUUUGAAGCCCGGUGGGUGAACUCCUCUGCUGUGGAGUGCGUACACGUGCUGCUCCACACACCAGAAAAAAGCCAUCUCUUCCCAGUGAACCUGCAGCUGAAGGAUAGACCAGACAGAUUUAUCGACAGUCCAGAGACGAUGACAGUGGAGGUGUACAACUGUGCGACCGGGAGCACCGACUGUUCCCAGUGCCUGGGGAGGGAGGACCUGGGGCACCGCUGCGUCUGGAGCGAGAGCAGCUCCAGCUGCCGCCUGCACAGCGAGAGCCCCCAGCUCUCAGACACCUGCCCCGCUCCGGAGAUUAAGAAGAUCGAGCCGCUGCGCGGGCCACUGGAAGGGGGCACCCUGCUGACCAUCCGCGGGAGGAACCUGGGCCGACGCUUCAGCGACGUCGUGGGCGCCGUGCGGAUCGGCAGCGUGCCAUGCGCGCCGCUGCCCGCCAGAUACAUCGUGUCUGAGGCGAUCGUGUGCGUGACUGGAGAGGCGCAGGAGGCGUUUUCGGAUGUGGUGACAGUGAACGUGAGCCGGGAAGGGAAGUCCAGGGAGCGAUACUCCUACGUGCUUCCCGUGGUGCAGUCUAUAGCUCCCCUGAAUGGCCCAAAGGCAGGAGGAACCAGAGUGACCAUCAGAGGCAGCAGGCUGGAUGUCGGCUCCGAGCUCCAUGUCCUCGUCAAUACCUCCAGGCAGUGCACUGACCUCAGCCGCAAUGCCAGCACCAUCACCUGCACCAUGCCCUCGGCGGAGCUCACCACGGCCGUGCGAAUCUGCGUUCAGUUCGAGAACAAGUCUUGUGCCAGCUACAACAUCACCUUCAAGUAUGAGAAGAACCCAAUUAUAUCAGACAUCAACCCCAAGAAGAGCCAGAUCAGUGGGGGCAGGAUCAUCACCCUUGAAGGAAGAGGCUUUGAACUGAUCCAGAACGUGUCCAUGGUGGUCCGAGGCAUUGGCAGAGAGCCAACGAGCUGCAAGGUUCACACCGACACCAUCAUCACCUGCCCCUCUCCUGCUGCCUCCAACGUCACUGUGGGGAGCAAGCCUGCACCCGUCGAUUUCUAUCUCAAUGGUCGCCUCUACACAGACGACCGUCCAGCUCUGGAUGAGGAGAUGUACCCCGAGGAGGCCUUGCACAUCAGCAAGUUCAGCCUGGAGUAUUAUGCUGACCCCCAGUUCUUCACAGCCAAGAAGGAGAAGUGGAUCAAGCACCAUCCUGGCGAGCCCUUAACCCUGGUUAUACAUAAAGAGCCUGACAGCCUGGGCCUGGAAAGCAAUGAGUACCAAGUGAAGAUUGGCCUUAUCUCAUGUGAGAUCCAGAUUGUUUCGGACAAAGUCAUCCACUGCUCUGUCAAUGAGUCACUGAGCACCUCGGACAGACAGUUACCGGUGACGAUCCAAGUUGGAAAGUUCAACUACACAAUUGCAAUGCUGCACCUUGGGGGAGGAGAGACCGCAAUCAUCGUCUCCAUUGUCAUCUGCAGCAUCCUGCUGGUCCUCUCUGUUGUAGCUCUCUUUGUGUUUUGCACAAAGAGCCGCAGAGCCGAGCGCUACUGGCAGAAAACCCUGCUCCAGAUGGAGGAGAUGGAGUCGCAGAUCCGGGAGGAAAUCCGCAAAGGUUUUGCAGAGCUGCAGACAGACAUGACAGACCUGACCAAGGAGUUAAACCGCAGCCAGGGGAUCCCAUUCCUGGAGUACAAGCACUUUGUCACCCGGACAUUCUUCCCCAAAUGUUCCUCACUCUACGAGGAGUGCUACAUCCUGCCGUCCCAGCAGCUCAGCUCCCAGGUGGGCUCCCAGGUCCAGGAAACUCAUCCACUCCUGGUGGGGGAAUGGAAAAUCCCUGAAAACUGUAGACCCAAUAUGGAAGAAGGAAUCUCGCUGUUCUCCACCUUACUCAACAACAAGCACUUCCUCAUCGUGUUUGUCCAUGCUCUCGAGCAACAGAAGGACUUUGCUGUUAGAGACAGAUGUAACCUGGCCUCCCUGCUUACUAUUGCGUUGCAUGGGAAACUGGAGUAUUACACCAGCAUCAUGAAGGACCUCUUGGUGGAUCUAAUAGAUGCUUCAGCUUCCAAAAACCCCAAGCUGAUGCUGAGGAGAACAGAAUCUGUGGUGGAGAAGAUGCUCACCAACUGGAUGUCCAUUUGCAUGUACAGCUAUCUCAGAGAGACAGUCGGUGAGCCCUUCUUCCUGCUCAUCUGUGCAAUCAAACAGCAGAUUAACAAAGGCUCCAUCGACGCCAUUACAGGGAAGGCCAGGUACACCCUGAACGAGGAGUGGCUCCUGAGGGAGAACAUUGAGGCAAAGCCGAGGAACCUCAACGUCUCCUUCCAAGGCUGCGGCAUGGACUCCCUGAGUGUCAGGGCCAUGGACACAGACACACUCAGCCAAGUGAAGGAGAAGAUUCUGGAGGCCUUCUGCAAGAACGUCCCCUAUUCCCAGUGGCCAAGGGUGGAAGAUGUUGACCUUGAGUGGUUCGCCACCAGCACUGACAGCUACAUCCUCCGGGACCUUGAUGACACCUCGGUGGUGGAGGACGGCAGGAAGAAACUCAACACAUUAGCACAUUACAAGAUCCCUGAAGGGGCAUCACUGGCCAUGAGUUUGUCAGACAAGAAGGACACUACACUGAGCAGAGUGAAGGAUCUGGACACAGAGAAAUACUUCCACUUGGUUCUCCCAACCGAUGAGUCAGUUGAACAUAAGAAGUCCCACAGGCAGAGCCAUAGGAAGAAAGUCCUGCCUGAGAUUUACCUGACCAGGCUGCUCUCCACAAAGGGCACGCUGCAGAAGUUCCUGGACGACUUGUUCAAAGCCAUUCUCAGCAUCCGAGAUGAUAAACCACCUGUGGCUGUGAAGUAUUUCUUUGACUUCCUAGAGGAGCAAGCAGAGAAAAGAGGGAUCACAGACCCUGACACUAUGCACAUCUGGAAGACCAACAGCCUACCUCUGAGGUUUUGGGUCAACAUCCUGAAGAACCCCCAGUUCGUCUUUGACAUUGACAAGACAGACCAUAUCGAUGCCUGUCUCUCUGUGAUAGCCCAGGCCUUCAUUGAUGCUUGCUCCCUGUCCGACCUGCAGCUAGGCAAGGACUCCCCAACCAAUAAACUGCUAUAUGCCAAGGAGAUCCCCGAGUACAGGAAGAUAGUGCAGCGAUACUACAAGCAAAUCCACGACAUGCCGCCGCUCAGUGAGCAGGAGAUGAACGCUCACCUGGCUGAGGAGUCGCGGAAAUACCGGAAUGAAUUCAACACCAACGUCGCCAUGGCAGAGAUCUACAAAUAUGCCAAGCGCUACCGCUCCCAGAUCGUGGCUGCCCUGGACGCCAACCCCACGACGAAGCGCACCCAGCUCCAGCACAAGUUUGAGCAAGUGAUUGCACUCAUGGAAGAUAACAUUUACGAGUGCUGCAGUGAAGCCUAGGCUGGCUGCAGCCCUGGAAGUGACCUUCUCCGUAGCUCAGUGCUGUAGGCAACCUGCCUUCAGCCGCGGAUACGCCAUGGAUCGCCUCCGCCAGGGCCAAUCUCAAACCAGCCUCGCGGUGGGGGCGGGCCUGGCCCGUGGCUGAAGGGCUCCUCACCCAACAAGAAGCCACGAGACACCUUUCUGAGCAGCUCAAACCCCCUCUGGUCUGCGCUGUGGCACCCAUAAUUUAUUUGCUGUUGCCAGCCAGAAAUGGAGACGUGACACUUGUGGCAAGCUCAGUUCACCGUUUCCCUCUGAUCAGCACCCAAGCGGUCAGUGGCUCCCUGCAUCCCUGUUUGUGGUUCCUCAGGACAGAGAUGGGGCUGCAGAAGCCAUAACAAUUACACAAAGCAGAAGGGUAGCCUCAGGGAGCAGAGACAGCAAAGGCCAUCAGAGCAACGCCUGUGCUCCCUGCCACACCACCCCUCCGACAUCCUUGUUUUUCCAACACCAGGGACUCUAUCAGCUGAUCACUAUCUGCUGCAUUCUGUGUAUUUUUGUGCCUUUUAAUUUUUGUACUGUAUGUGUAAACAUAACCACUCGUCCAUCUGAGACUUGGGCAACAUGGGGAACUCGGGGUUAAGACAAAGCAGUUGCUUCCCAAGUAGCCGGGGCAUGGUGAAAGCACUUUAUCCCCUAAUGGAGACAGCUGUUAUGGAGCAUGUUCCACAUUAGACUGUGGGAAGGGCUGUUCCCCCCUCCCCAGGUUCCCCCACCUGCGUGCACAGUGAGCUGGAGCUGGGUAGUAAGUAUCAUGCCAAAAGGGGUCCGCUCCUGCUUACACCCUCCACGAGUGGGCUCGAGCCACACACAGGGCAGAACACAAGGUAGCACCUUCCCCCCUCUGCCCCACAUGCUCCAGCAUCUCCCUGCGAUCAUCCUUGAAAACAAGGUCAGUGCUGCAGAGGUGUCUUCCUGAAGCAGCGUGUUCUGCUCGCUUCGCACCCAGCCCACCAUAGUUGAGACCUGAGAGCAGCAAAGAGAGCGCAGUUCUGCGUGUCCAGUCUUUUUUUGGCUGAUAAAGGUAAAGGGUCUGCACCCUGUUCCCUGGCAGCAUGAUGCUCAGGAGGCCAGCAGAGCAGCUCCGGCACCCCACACUGCAAAUAAAGUGUUGCAGAGGCCCCUCUGUAGAGGCUGGACCACAGCAAAUGCCAGCGUUUGCUUGCAGGCAAAUGCUUGAAGCCAGCGUUUGCAUGCAGGCAAAGGCAACCUGCCCAUGAAAGCUAAACCCAGCCGUAGCCACCGUGUUUCCAAACUGCCAAAUAGAACAUUAAAAGUUACUACCUCACUCCAGGCAGGGUCUAAGGUGAGCCUCUGCUACCCAUCAGCUGGUGAGGAUGCAACCUGGUGUUAGAUGACUUUGGUCCACCAAACUCCUCCUGGGUGACUCACUGCCAUGGACAGGUGGCCUCCAUCCCAUCAUUCCCAGUAAUGCCACAGUUGUCAGGAAUUGGAACACCAGAACUGUGUGUGUGUAUAUAGAUAUCUAUUUUAAAACAAAUGAUAGACUUUAUUCAGUAUGUUAAGCCGGGGGGGGUGGGGGGUGGGAAAGGGGAAGAACAGAGGUUUUUUUUAAGAGAACUACAAAAAAAGUACAUACACUGUGGAGGUUUCGAUGUCUUUGCUGAGGAUGUGGCUUCAGAAUAGAAACUCUAAGAAUGUAGCUGGGCUACAUUUUAUUUUGAAAGUGAUUUCACACAAAAAAACCCUUGAAUUUUUUUUUCCUUUUAGAAACUGUGAAUAGCUGCCAGAGACACAGGCAGGCCCAGCACCGGGGGCGAGGGCAAGGAGCACCAGGGUAGCAGAGAAUGUUGAGCUUGGCUGGAGGUGGGGAAGGGGCCAUGGAGCGAUAGCCCCAUGCUGUUGUAAGGACGGGAUACAGGUGAGCUGACAGUGUGUUUUGCCUCCAGGUGAUCUGACUGGGCCAUAUACUGGGGCUAUUGCUUUAUUAUUUAAGUUUACCCAAAGCAAAAAGAAAAAAAAAAAAAAAAAAAAAAAGGAAAAAAGAAAAAAAAAAAGGAGUUGCUACAACCAGUUUAAAGGAACAACUUUACCAGGGCAGAAGCUUGAGGGUUUGUAGUGUUGCCUUGAACCCCGAGCCCUUUGUAACAUGUUUUUAAACUUUGGCACGUGUUGUGGGUGUAGUGCCCUUACCUGCUGUCUAGUGGAAGUGGCAGACUCUUGGAAAAGCCUAUCUUUGUAAUAAAACAAGGUGCUGAAA